AAAACAGCAGAGAAAGUCCAAUCUGAGCGUAUAAAAGCAGAGUGACCGUCCUCAUUCAGUCACUGCUUCACUCUGACAGCUGCCUGAGCAGAAACGAGCAAAUCAUCAAAGAGAGCUUCUUCAAGAACACGAGCAAAAUGAAAUCUGCUGCAGCUUUUGUUAUUCUUACUUGUCUGCUUAUGGUGCACGUACAAGGUCAGGCCAGGCCGAGUGUAAAGAGGUGCCUAUGUCAAGGUUCUGGGGUGAACGUGGUUCGUCUACAACGUGUUGAGAAGGUUGAAGUUUAUCCUGCUGGUCCAUCGUGUGAAAAUGUGGAAAUUAUUGUCACUUUGAAGAACGGAGCAGGACAAAAAUGCUUGAACCCAGAAUCCGAUUUUGCCCAGAAUUACAUCAAGAGAGCCAUUAAAAAGAGUGAGUCUGCAGUGAAGCCUGUGACACAACUACAGUGAAGAUGUGGAAGAGGAGGUUGAAAACAUUAAGACAGUGAACCCUGUUGACUGUAUUUAUAGUUACCUCAAAUACUUAAGCUACUUCAAUGUAUAUAAAUGUGCUUAAACUACUUGUAUAUUGUAAAUACUGUAAAUAUAUCUGAUGUUUAAUUUAUAAAAGUCAUGUUAUAUCUAUAUACUGUGAGAUGUUUAAUGUACAGACUUCUCUGAAACACUCAGUAAGUUUAUUUUUUAUUUACUUUGCUGGUUUUGAUGUUGAUAUCUGAAAUAUAAUAAACUGUGCCUGAUGAAGGUGCCUGAAAUCUA